AUGGACUCUGAUGAAGUAUUCGUGAGUUUUUCCGACACCGUUUUUGGCUUUUGGGAGGAUCUCCAGGAGCCGCCGGAAUAUUCAACUAACUCCAGCAAACUUCUUGGUGACGACGAUGAGCAACUUUUUUCUGUGGAAAACGAUUACAAAGCUUUCUGGGAAAAACAAUACCUCCUUCUCCAGGCAACCUUGUGCGGGAGCUCGAUUGAGAAAAGAGUUCUGCAAGCUACGAAGGAAGUUCUAACAGAGUUAAAUAUGUGGGAUAUGCAGUGCCUUUGCCGGAGAGAAGUGAAUGUUAAGAGCUGUAGGAAUUGCUUGAGGAGGGAAAUAUGUGAUCGUUUGUUGAACCUUGGUUACAACUCUGCUCUUUGCACAUCUAAAUGGAGAACUUCCUCGGAAAUCCAAAUAAUCAAUCAUUAUUCAAAUAAAUAUCUUUCCCUCAAUAAUUUAAAUAGCAAAAUAAUUGGCUAUAUUUUCUUGGAAUCAAACUAA